AAUUCACCUGUCCGCACACGUCACUUUUCUUCUCGUCACGCGCAGACCAGCCCCCUUUUCCCGCCUCUGUGGAACUUGGUGAGCCCCCUCCCACCCCGCCAAAACACCGCAUCUUGGCGGGAGAGAUGAGCGGCGGGGGCUACCGAGUCACGACGAGGGCGGGGGCGGGGGGCUGAUGCGCCCCAGUGACCUGGCGUCGGUCCACGGAGGAGAACCGGACACCCACCACAGGUGAAGGAAGUGACGUCACCUUCUUGGCAAAUUGCUGCCUUGGCGCGAGAAAGGUCCGCGGCGGCGCGGGAAAAAUCUUGCUCGUGCUGCGGACGGAAGCAGGAAGCCUGUAAAGGAGGACUUCGAGGAGGAGAUGUUCCACAACAGAAGAAGAAGCCCAGAAGAACCUCCAGGUUUUCAGGUGUAGUGAUCCAGUAUUUGGACUCUGGGUGCCUCCAUGGUCCCGCUUGUCUCCACCUCGCCGCCCUGCCCGUGUGUUGACGUCCUGCAAGAUGGCGCCGGCUCGGAAGCCGCUGAGCGCCACGUGUCGCCACUUCCUGUCUCUGCUGAUACUGAACGGCUGCUGGCCGCCAGGCUCCGCCUCCCAGAAGAGCGCUGCCGGCGCCGACCCCCAGCAGCCCUUGGCGGAGUACGCCCACUCCAUCCGACUGGACGGCGACCUCAUCCUGGGGGGGCUGUUCCCCGUGCACGCCCGCGGCGAGCGAGGUCUGCCUUGCGGCGAGCUGAAGAAGGAGAAGGGGAUCCAUCGGCUGGAAGCCAUGUUGUUCGCCAUCGACCUCAUCAACAAGGACCCCGAGCUGCUGCCCAACGUGACGCUGGGGGCGCGCAUCCUGGACACGUGCUCGCGCGACACCUACGCCCUGGAGCAGUCGCUCACCUUCGUGCAGGCGCUCAUCGAGAGGGACGCCUCCGACGUGCGCUGCGCUAACGGCGAGCCGCCCGUCCUCGCCAAGCUGGACAAGGUGGUGGGCGUCAUCGGGGCGUCGGCCAGCUCCGUCUCCGUCAUGGUGGCCAACAUCCUGCGCCUCUUCAAGAUCCCUCAGGUCAGCUACGCGUCCACGGCGGCGGAGCUGAGCGACAACACGCGCUACGACUUCUUCUCCCGCGUGGUUCCUCCAGACUCCUACCAGGCCCAGAGCAUGCUGGACGUGGUGCUGGCCAUGGGCUGGAACUACGUGUCCACGCUGGCCUCAGAGGGCAACUACGGCGAGAGCGGCGUGGACGCCUUCGUGCAGAUCUCACGCGAGUCAGGAGGCGUGUGCAUCGCUCAGUCCCUGAAGAUCCCCCGCGAGCCCAAAGCCGGCGAGUUCGACAAGAUGGUCCUGCGUCUGUUGGAGACGCCCAACGCCCGCGCCGUCAUCACCUUCGCCAACGAGGACGACAUUCGGCGCAUCCUGGAGGCGGUGAAGCGCAACAAGCUGACAGGUCACUUCCUGUGGGUGGGCUCUGACAGCUGGGGCUCCAAGAUCUCACCUGUGUUGCAGCAGGAGCGCGCGGCGGAAGGCGCCGUCACGAUCCUCCCCAAGAGGGCGUCGGUGGACGCCUUUGAUCGCUACUUCAAGAGCCGCUCGCUGGCCAACAACCGCAGGAACGUUUGGUUCGCUGAGUUCUGGGAGGAGAACUUCGCCUGCAAGUUGGGGACACACGGCAAGAAGAGCGGCGGCGUGAAGAAGUGCACAGGUCUGGAGAAGGUUGGCCGUGAGUCGUCGUACGAGCAGGAAGGCAAAGUGCAGUUCGUGAUGGACGCCGUCUUCGCCAUGGCACACGCCCUGCAUGACGUGCAGCGUCAGCUGUGUGCAGGUCACAUGGGCGUCUGCGACCGCAUGACCAACAUGGACGGCAAGGAGCUGCUGGCCGCCAUCCGACACGUCAACUUCAACGGAAGUGCGGGCACCACGGUUACCUUCAACGAGAACGGCGACGCCCCCGGCCGAUACGACAUCUUCCAGUACCAGAUCAACAAUCUGUCCAGUGCCGAGUACAAGCUCAUCGGUCACUGGACCAAUCAGCUGUAUCUCAACAUGGAGGCGCUGCAGUGGCACCAGGGCGCCGCCGCCCCGCCGGCCUCGGUGUGCAGCCUCCCGUGCCGGGCGGGCGAGAGGAAGAAGGUGGUGAAGGGCGUGGCGUGCUGCUGGCACUGCGAGCGCUGCGAGGGCUACCACUUCCUGUCGGGCGAGUUCGCCUGCCAGCUGUGUCCGUACGAGAUGAGACCGGACGAGAACCGCACGGGCUGCCAUCCCAUCCCCAUCAUCAAGCUGGAGUGGCACUCGCCCUGGGCGCUGAUUCCGGUCUUCAUCUCGGUCCUGGGCAUCCUGGCCACCGCCUUCGUGGUGGUCACCUUCCUGCGCCACAACGACACGCCCAUCGUGCGAGCGUCGGGCCGUGAAAUGAGCUACGUGCUGCUGACGGGCAUCUUCCUGUGUUACGUCAUCACCUUCCCCAUGAUCGCCGCGCCCGACGUGGCGGUCUGCUCCUUCCGCCGCGUCUUCCUGGGCUUGGGCAUGUGCUUCAGCUACGCGGCGCUGCUCACCAAGACCAACCGCAUCCACCGCAUCUUCCAGCAGGGCAAGACGGCGGUGACGGCGCCGCGCUUCAUCUCGCCCGCCUCGCAGCUGGCCAUCACCUUCUCGCUCAUCUCCGUGCAGCUGCUGGGCGUGGUGGCGUGGUUCGCCGCCGACCCGCCGCACACCUUCGUGGACUACGGCGAGCAGCGCGGCCAAGACCCCCGGAGGGCUCGCGGCGUCCUCAAGUGCGACAUUUCCGACCUGUCGCUCAUCUGCUCGCUGGGCUACAGCAUCCUGCUGAUGGUCACGUGCACCGUGUACGCCAUCAAGACGCGCGCCGUGCCCGAGACCUUCAACGAGGCCAAACCCAUCGGCUUCACCAUGUACACCACCUGCAUCAUCUGGCUCGCCUUCAUCCCCAUCUUCUUCGGGACCUCGCAGUCGGCCGAGCGGACGUACAUCCAGACGGCCACGCUGACGGUGUCUCUCAGCCUCAGCGCCUCCGUGUCACUGGGGAUGCUCUACGUGCCCAAGGUCUACGUCAUCAUCCGCCACCCGGAGCAGAACGUUCCCAAACGCAAGCACAGCUUCAAGGCCGUGGUCACGGCCGCCGCCUUGAGCAGCAAGCUGUCGCAGCUGGCGGCCCAGCGGCCCAACGGCGAGGCCCAGACCGAGCUCUGCCAGGGCGUGGAGGCUGCCGCUGUUCCCACCAAAACCACCUACGUCAGCUACGCCAACCACGCCAUCUAAACAGGACCCUGCGGACUGUCUCCAGAGUGAUCCGGGGGGGAAGUGAACUCCGGGUUUUAGUGUUUACACGAAAGGAGCCAAAAAAAAAGCGGACGGUGAUGAGCAGAAAGUCAGAGAAGAAAGAGAAUGAGAAACGUGUUUUGUUGUCGUUUUUGAAAA